AUGCGAAGCAGUCGGACACAGGAAUUUGAUCUUGGAGAGUGUAUACUGGACUCGGAAACCAUCGUUUCCUCAAAUUCAGCCGGUGCCCGCAAAUUUUUUGAUCUCUGUGUCGAUGGAUCAGAAACGGACUGGCUCUGCAGACAUAUGACGGCCAUAUGCUACGUUUGCGGGUACGGGACUCCGAAGAACUAUAGCAAAGCCAUUGAUAUGCUCAAAGAGCUCGCAAAUCAAGGUGUCUCUGGUAGCCAACUUUGGCUCGGUCGCUCCUUCAGCAGAGGUUGGGGUGUGAAUGUCGAUCAUACCCAAGCUUUCUGGUGGUACUUGAAAGCUGCCGACCAGGGCGAUUCCUAUGCGCAGAGCAUCGUUGGACGAUGCUACUCGAAUGGUCGUGGUGUUGCCCAAAGCUACUCAAAGGCGAUUGAAUGGUAUCGUAAGUCGGCAGACCAGGAGAACCCACAUGGCCAAAAUGGUCUGGGUUGGAUGUACCGGAACGGUUACGGCCUCGUUCAGGAUCACAGAGCGGCUGUAUACUGGUACCAAAAAUCGGCCGAGCAAGGCGAUUCCACCAGUCAAAAUAACCUUGGUUGGUGCUACGAAUACGGUUAUGGGGUCAUGAAAAGCAGCCAAACCGCCGCCUACUGGUAUCAAAAGUCAGCCGAUCAAGGAAAUCGCAUUGCACAAAACAAUUUAAAUAAUAUCACUAAGCGUAACCUCGUUCGCUGA